AUGGAAGUGUAUGGCGAUUCCGAUUUUAUUCCAAGAGGCGCUGGUGGUAGUCCGAAGACAAUUAGUUUAUCGAUAGAUCAAGUCAAUGACAAUGCAGACGAGUUGGUAGAUUUGAGAGGUGAAGGAAGAUAUUUUGGGUCAGACCAACCUAGUGGGAUACUAUGUAGCAACUGUCAUCAAAGAGGACAUAAAAGGGCAAAUUGUAAGACGGUUGUCUGUAUGGCUUGUGGGAUGCUUGAUGAUCAUUACUCUCAGCAUUGUCCUAAAUCUAUUGUAUGUUCCAACUGUGGUGAAAAAGGUCAUUAUAAGAAUCAAUGUACAGAGAAACAAAGAAGGGUGUAUUGUCAGACGUGUGGAUCAACUAGACAUUUUACAGAUAGAUGUACAAGUAUAUGGAGAAGUUAUUUAACUGUGGAAAAUGCUAAUCGUAAAAUGGGAUUACCAACAAACAUAUAUUGUUACAACUGUGCAGAAAAGGGUCAUUAUGGUGAUGAAUGUCCAUUAGAGAGAACCUCAAGAGUACCUAAUUUAGAUGGAUCUGCAUUUUCAGGUCAUAAUUUACCACAACAAUUAAGAGAUAAAUAUUUCAAUUUGAGUAAUAAGAAAAGAAGAAGAGAUGAUGAUGAGAUGAGUUUCAAAAGUUUACCAGCAUCUGAGCCAAAGAAGAAAGACGGAUUAUUUAGCCGGAUCAAAAAUACAUUCAAAAGUGGAAGUAAAAAAGAUGAUUACGAUGAUUAUGAUCAACCAUCUAAAAAGAAGAUUAAAAAGGAUAAGAAGGAUAAGAAGAAGGAAAAAGAAAUACGGAAGGCCCAAAGUACUCCUAACUUCAACAAUAAUACUGGCUUUAAUGGAAAUAGACCAAGACAUAAUUCAGGUGUGCUACCACCAAUGGGUCCAAGUUCAUCAAGAAAUUCAUUAGACUUUCCAAGAAACUAUAACAACAAUCAAGGUUAUGGAUAUGAUAAUUCCAAUUAUAACAUGAAUUAUAAUAACAAUUACAAUAACGGAUAUCAAAACAAUUAUCAAAAUAACUAUGGGAACGGUGGAUAUCAGCAAUCUGGUUAUAGUAGAUCUGGAUAUUUAGAUUCAGCUCCACCACCUUCUAGAAGUGGGUAUAAAAGUAAAAAAAGAUGGUAA